CAGCGGCAGCGGCAGCAGCGGCAGCAGUAGCGGGAUCGAUUGCGGCAGCGGUAGCGGUAGCGGCUCUAUCAUGUCUGGCAGGGGCAAGGGCGGCAAGGGGCUCGGCAAGGGCGGCGCCAAGCGGCACCGCAAGGUGCUCCGCGAUAAUAUCCAGGGCAUCACCAAGCCGGCCAUCCGCCGCCUGGCUCGGCGCGGCGGCGUCAAGCGCAUCUCGGGGCUGAUCUACGAGGAGACGCGCGGCGUGCUGAAGGUGUUCCUGGAGAACGUGAUCCGCGACGCCGUCACCUACACGGAGCACGCCAAGAGGAAGACGGUGACCGCCAUGGACGUGGUGUACGCCCUCAAGCGCCAGGGCCGCACUCUGUACGGCUUCGGCGGCUAAAGCCUUGUGCUCGUACCGGACCAUCUGGACAAGAACCCAAAGGCUCUUUUAAGAGCCACCCACUUACUCCGUUAAAAGAGCUGUAUUACAGUUUUGCGAACAUAAGGAUGGGGACAAACAUGGCGCCAUUUUACUAUUUUGCUAAAAUAUUCAACGUAACGCUGCUAAGUCUUCAUGAGUGCUUCGCAAUGUAGAACUUUGCUGAUUACAGGAAAUUCAUGUUUGCUGUAGAGGAUUUCCUUUCUGUUCCAAUUCUCUCAAAAUUAUCAUUUCAGCUGUUCUGUAAUAAAAAUAAAGCUUUUUUUUUUCAAUGUUAGCUGGUUUAAGCACUGAAGUUAAGUGCUAUUCUAUGUCUUGAUUAUUUAAUUUUGCUUCUAACUGGAUAUAGAGAAACUUGAACAGAUUUUUAUUUCAGUUUACCCCCUUCAUUUGCUGGUCCAGGAUUUAUUUGCUUUCAAAAUAAAAGAGUAAAU